AUGGCGGACACAGCGACGUUCACGGCGCCUCUACCCCAGAGCUUCGGAUAUGGAAUUAUCGUUGGUCUGGGUUUUGCAUUUGCAUUGCUGAUGAUCUUCAUUACUUGGGCUUUAAAGCGGUACCAGAAUGAAGUUCAAACGUCCGAAAUGUUCUCGACUGCAGGCCGGUCCGUCAAGUCAGGAUUGGUGGCCGCUGCGGUUGUGAGUAGCUGGACCUGGGCUGCAACACUUCUCCAGUCCACUGCCGUGGCAUACAAAUACGGAGUCUCGGGUCCUUUCUUCUAUGCUUCAGGCGCCUGUGUGCAAAUUAUUCUAUUCGCAACAUUGGCUAUUGAGCUGAAGCGUCGGGCACCCAAUGCACACACUUUCCUAGAAGUCAUCCGCGCCCGCUACGGAACGGUGGUUCACAUUGUAUUCAUCGUCUUCUGCCUGAUGACGAACAUCCUAGUCACUGCUAUGCUGCUCACCGGUGGAUCCGCUGUGAUGACCUCUUUGACGGGAGUGCCUACUGCCGCUGCCUGCUUUUUGCUUCCCAUUGGUGUGGUACUCUACACCCUCUUCGGUGGUAUCAAGGCAACCUUUAUUACCGAUUAUAUGCACACCGUUGUUAUUCUCGUCGUGAUCUUCCUCUUUGCCUUCUCCGCUUACGCCACUAACGCCGAGUUGGGGUCCCCAUCGAAGGUAUACGAGGCCCUGGUUGCGGCUUCCCAGCGCCACCCCGUUGAGGGCAACGCAGAAGGCAGCUAUCUUACCAUGCGAUCGAAGGAGGGUGGUAUCUUCUGGAUUAUCAACCUGAUUGGAAACUUCGGCACUGUGUUCCUCGACAACGGCUACUACAACAAGGCCAUUGCUGCAAGCCCUGUACACGCCUUCCCCGGUUACGUGAUUGGUGGACUCUGCUGGUUCGCGAUUCCCUGGUUGUGCGCUACAACAAUGGGUCUUUCGGCGCUAGCACUGGAAGGCACUCAGCGAAUGAGUUCCGAGGACGUCACAGCUGGUCUCGUGCUUCCUUUUGCGGCCGUGAAACUUCUCGGUUAUAGCGGUGCCGUCGCAACAACGCUUAUGAUCUUCAUGGCCGUGACCUCUGCCUUCUCGGCUCAAUUGAUUGCCGUGUCUUCAAUCUUCACCUACGAUAUCUAUGGAGCAUACAUUAACCCCAAAGCCAAGGGCAAGCGACUUGUCUGGGUCUCUCACAUGUCCUGCAUUGUCUACUCAAUUAUCAUGGCAGGCUUUGCAACGGGUCUUUACUACGCCGGAAUUGGUAUGGGAUACUUGUAUCUUCUAAUGGGCGUCAUCAUCUCUUCCGCCGUCUUCCCAGGCGCAAUGACCCUCCUCUGGAAAGGCCAAAACCACAUCGCAGCAGCCGUCUCACCACCCCUCGGUCUAGCAGUCUCUCUCAUCGCUUGGCUCGUGACAACAAAGAAACAAUACGGCAUUCUCACCGUUGAUACCACAGGCGCCAAUUACCCCAUGUUAGCCGGCAACGUCGCAGCACUUCUCAGCCCCGUGGUCUUCGUGCCCAUCUUCACCUACGCCUUCGGUCCCCAAAACUACAACUACGAGUCCAUGCGCGCAAUUCGCAAGGUCGAUGAUACAGAAGUGGCAGCCGACGCACACGUCGACAUUGAGCUCGUGCCCGGCGAAGCAGGCAACAACCAAGAGGCGGACGAGGAGGAAACCCGCCAGCUCAAUCGCUCUGCGCUCUACGCCCGUACCCUGACGAUAUUCAUGGCGUUCUCGUUCUUGAUCCUCUGGCCGAUCCCGAUGUACGGUACAUCGUACGUCUUCAGCCAGAAGUUCUUUACGGGUUGGGUCGUCGUUGGUAUUCUGUGGCUGUUCAUUACCACUUUCGGAGUUGUCGUGUUCCCGCUUUAUGAGGGGCGAGCGAGCAUUAUUCGUGUUGCGCGGAUGAUGUCACUUGAUCUUGUUGGGCGGAAGCCGAAGGUCUAUCGUGGCACGAAAGAGGUUGGUGAUUCGGCUACCCCUUCGGGGGUUGCGACACCGAUGGAAGUUGAAAAGGAAAAGAAGACUUUGGAAAGAGAAGUUUAG